AUGUAUGCUAUUCUUAAGGCCAUCGAAAUGAAGAGUCCACCCCGUAUGCUUACCAUUUUUGAACAGAAUGCUUGUGCUGUAGUUGAAGUAAACGCUCCACAGAAAUGCAUUAUUCACAGUUUGGGUGUGAUGCAGGCUUUGGGAGGACAAUUAUGCGCCUGGAAGCCGGUCCAAUUUCACGGCGUCCUUCGCCACGAGGUAAUGCAACUUGAGCUUGGGCUUAGAGGAUGGAUUCGUGCUACAUGCCACCGCAACCGGUUUCUCGCAUAUAUAGCGUCGACACUCAGGGCAUUCAUUGACCAUCAGGAUAAGACGACACGUUGA